ACAACGUACGCUAUUUCGAUCAAGCUAGAAUAACUUUCUGUUCAAACAUUGCAACAAGUGGAUUUCCAACAAAAUUAACUAGACGACAAGCUGAUAUCCACAGUGACAGAGUUCAUUCCGUAUUAGACCCUCGAGAAAACCAUGUGUAUUACACAUUUACGUCUGCAGCAAAACUAAUCACUCCAAUUCUGUAUUAUUUAUAAAAUUACAAAACAACAAAAUGGCAAAAACUGUGAUAUCAUCAUCGUCAGACGAAAACAGCGAUAUUGGAAUACAGUUUGAAGCACGCAACUGUGGAAGCGAAAGGAGCGAAACGCCAAAAAUGCAACACAACUCAAAAGACUUUCGAAUAUUGGAUUACUUGAGACGAAACCUCGCUAUCGUGUCGGUUUGUGCCCUCAGCAUAGUGACUGUGCUUUUAAUCGUGACCAUAAUUAUUCUUUUGCAAAAAAAUUUUGUGCCAGUCGCUGUUAAACCAGUGGAACCCUCACCAAUAACGCCAAUAGAAAACUUGACCCUCCCCCAUGAACUGAAGAUCGUUUCGCGCCUCGAGUGGCUCGCGCAACCCCCCAUCGAACCAGCUACACCCCUUCACACCCCCGUGCCAUACGUUAUAAUCCACCACACAGCAACCGAGAACUGUUCUUCUCAAACCCAAUGCGUCUUCCACGUCCGCGACAUCCAAAUGUACCACAUCGAAAGUCGCGGCUGGUGGGACAUCGGCUACAAUUUCCUCGUUGGGGGUGAUGGCAAAGCCUACGAAGGACGGGGUUGGAAGUCCGAGGGGGCUCACACGUUCAGGUACAACGUCCGAAGCAUAGGAAUUGCUUUCAUUGGGAAUUUCAAUACUUACAAGCCACCUCAGAGACAGAUCGCUGCUUGCAAACACUUGAUUGCGAAAGGGGUUGAAAUGGGAUAUAUUGAGAAGGAUUACAUAUUGUUGGGGGCAAGGCAACUGCACACUACGAGAAGUCCGGGGGAUAAAUUGUACGAAGAGAUGAAAAAGUGGGACCAUUGGGCCAGAGGUCCUUGAGGAGCUGUGAUUUGUGGAAUACAUGAAAAACACUAAAUAAUAAUUAAAUUAUCUCAAUGUAACCUUCAAACAUUACUUGAUACGUGAUUGAC